UUUUUCCUUUCACCCUUGGCUAGUUUGGCAGCCAUAGUUUUGCGCUUCUUUCUCUUGCUUUACCAAUAAUCCCUUCCGCUUCGUGAGGAAUACACAGGACCCUGUUCACGUCUGCUCUCGUUCGAAACCAUCGGCUGAGAACAUUCAGGCACCGCACCAGCCGUUGACGCCAUGGCUUCGACAACCAUCGUGUGUCCGACUCAUUCUCUCGUGCGCACUGGCGAAUCCGCGGCCUUCAGAAACUCCGGCUUUUCCUCCUCGGAUCUGCACUCGCCGCUCGUGCCAAAAACUCUUCCUCUUCUGAGCCACGUGGCAGCCCAGCCGCGCUCUGCACGGUCCACGUGUCAACCUGCCAUUACUUCCCAGCUUCUCAAGAGCGGCGGUGGCGCAGCGCGCCGUCGGCUCAACCUGCUCGGCCUCGGGGUCGUUCCCCCCACCGGGAAUUCCGGCGGCUCUUCCGCCGCAUCCGCCGCUGUCGCGCCUACUACUGCGCCGGCAAACGCGGAGAAAAGUACAUCAUCCGUCGAUGUCGAGAAGCUUCGCGAGCAGCUGCUUCGCGAAGGCUUCGUCGUUCUUAAAGACGCGCUUCCGCAAUCAACGGAAUGGGCCGAGCCGCCGAAGCUUCCCGCGCAGCUCUUCCCAACCACACUCUCCGAAUCCGAAUCCGACUCGGAUAGUGGCGCUUCGGACACAGAGUUAAUAUCCUCUCCCGCGUCGCUAAUCGCCAAGAUUCUCCUGCCAUCUCUGCCGGCCGCCGCGCUCCGAGUGGUGGAGGAGGUGACGGGGACGAACGUGGAUCAGGGGCCUGCCACGUGGCACACGGUGGUUCGCCCGUGGUCUGCUGGCCUGGGCUGCUUGGACGGGAAGUCGUGCGAGGACCCCAGCUUCGUCAGCAACAGUUGGCAGGUCGCCUGCACGCCGCCUGGUGACGUGGAGCUGAGUCGGCAGCGCCUGGACGAUGCGAUCCUAACAGUGGUGGUUGCCGCCCAAACCGGCACGCCAGGCUCGCCGUCCAACGCCGACACGUCAGCAUCUGGCCAGCUGGCGAUCUUCCCGCACAGCCAUUGGCUCGUGGCAGACUGGCUGGAUGCGGCUGACAAAGAGCCGUCCUUGAACCUGUUCCCCCGCCCAAACCAGCUUCCUCUCCCUGCUCCCAUCAAGGUCUCCCUCUCCCCCUCCGACCUCCUCCUCCUCCACCCCUGGGCAGUCUUCUCCCUCCUCCCCAACCCCUCCUCCUCCUCCUCCUCCCUCUGCUUCGACUCGCUCCUCCUCCCCUCCCCACCCGAACCCCUCACCCCUCCCUCCCCCUCCUCCCCAUCCUCCUCCGCACCUGCCAUCCAAUCAGCAGCAGUUGCCGCAGCGCCCUACCGCAUGUGGGCCAGCGCGCCCGCGCCAGCCAAUCAGGAGGUCUCUGCUGACGUGGCAGCGAAAACUUUCACCCUGCCCCCAGAGCUGAACGAGCAGGAGCUGGAGGCACUAGAGGAGGAAGAGGAGAAGGCAAACCUCGGGAACUGGGCCGUUGCCAUGCUGGACAAAGCAGCACCAUCAGCAUCAGCAGCGGUCUCGUUUCCCCACGCGGACGCACGCAGCCUCAUUCUGUGGCGCCUCACUUCAAGUGCCAGGGACCUUUUGGACGCUGGAAGGUUUGAGGAGGCACUCCCAGUGCUGCGGCGGGCCGUGGGGCUCAGGCCCUCGGACGCGUGGCUGUACUACCAGGCGGGCAGGAGCGGCGAGCAGGCGGCCCCCAAGGGGCAGCUGGCGGGGCGAGCUGGGCGGAAAUGCAUGCUGGAAGACUCGGAGCGCUUCCUGCUGCGCGCCAUCGAGUUGUCUCCCACGUGGCCUCUUCCCUAUGCGUCUCUCAUCAACUCGUUAAUUGAAAUGGGUCGUGGGAGGGAGGACGAGGCACCGCGGGUGUUGCAGCAGCUGCUGGCAAUUCCACGCCUUUCCGCCCAGUGUGCUGCCAAUCCCACAAUUGCAGCUGCUGUAGACCAUGCUGUACAGAGCGUGGUUCUGUCCUUGGCAUCUAAGUCACGAGACGAGGAGGCGCGUGGUACCCAGCAGCUUGCAGAAGCUACCCUGCAUGCCCCUGUUUAGCACUUGAUAUAUGAUCAGAAAGUGCACUAUUUGUGUUUUCGUUGUAUGAUUUGUCCUAUCGGAAAUGUGUAUUUGUACCGAGUUGAAAUGUAUUUGAUAA